GUAACAUUUUGCCAUUACCGGUGGUUCCGGCCGUGGACGAAAGGAAUCAUGGAAUCAUCUAACCGUAGAGAGGCGUAGCUUAUUAGUUCUGGAAAAGACGAAAAUUGUUUGCCUGUCCCCAUCAUAUGUUCAGAGAGGUUGAAUGUUUCUAUCAAGACAAAUUGGCUUUCAACUGACACAUUUCAUCCUCUCAAAUCGUUUAAUUACAAAAUCAUAUAAACUACGCAGUAUGUCUGGUAUAAUCAGCGACAUGGAGAAUCUGGAUGUAGCCAGUAUGAGAAAGGCCUACAAGAGUGAACAUGAGGCAUUUCUUGAGAGUCAUUUGACCAGUAAGGACCCUAUUCAACAGUUUGACACCUGGUUUAAAGAAGCCUGCAAGAAUGACAAGAUUGGAGAAGCUAAUGCUAUGACAAUUGCUACAGCAUCCAAAGAGGGCAGACCUUCAGCCAGGAUGGUGCUACUGAAAGGCUACAGCAGAGAGGGCUUCAAAUUUUUCACUAACUUCAAAAGCCGGAAAGGACAGGAACUUGUAAGCUUGGGAAAGUUGAUUUGUAAGAAUUUGACUGAGAAUCCAUUUGCCUGUCUAGUUUUUUAUUGGGAACCUCUAAACAAACAGGUUCGCAUCGAUGGUCAAGUAAAACGACUCUCUGAAGAGGAGUCAACACAGUAUUUUAACUCGCGACCAAGAUCAAGUCAAAUAGGCUCAAUAGUUAGCAAUCAAAGUCAGCCGAUACCCAGUAGACAUGUAAGCAUUACAAUAAUAUACACAUUCUUAUUUGCAUGGUGUAGAUGUUAAUAACUUGGGAUGUGU